CAUUGAUAUCCAAAGAAUGAUCGACUCAAGCUAUAUUACUUAGUUUAAUUCUCUGGUGAGUUGGAUGUCGGCUUCCUUUCACUCCCUUUGGACUAGGAUCCAUGGUUCUUUUAGAAGCUCUCAUAAAUGGGCGAGGCGAGCUGGACUGGGGACAUUGAAAACUCAUGAGCACGUCCUUCAUGAAGGUCAGCGACUUGGAGUGGCAAGCUGUCACUUUCCCACCCCCAACCCAACGCGGUCUUCGGAGACAAUACCAGGUACCACAACAACCCAAACUUCAAGGGGACCAGGGCGGUCUCGCCUCUCCCUAUAUUCUCCCACAUUCUCCCACCUAUCUACCGCAGAGCGUCUCCUAUCUCUCUCAUUACGACCCCCAUCCUCCUUGA